GAAUAACAUUAACAACAACAACAGCAACAAUAGCAACAGCAUCAAUACCAACAUUAGCAACAACAUCAACAACAACUACAACAUCAACAACAACUACAACACCAACAUUAGCAACAACAUAAGCAACAACAACAACUACAACAGCAACAACAACACCAACAUUAGCAACAACAACAUCAGCAACAAAAACAACAACAACACUAACAUCAGCAGCAACAACAUCAACAACAACAACAUCAACAAUAAGAUGGCGUACGCAGAUAUACCCCUUCAAGUCCUCCCCAAGCCAGAUUAUGAUCAGGAUGAUGGUGAUGGUGAUGAUGGCAGGGGUGGGGGUGGGGGCAGUCAAUCCGAUAGUUUCUCUGACGAACUGCCUUCACUUUCUGAGUUCAUGGAUGAAGAACAUACUGAAUGGAUGAACGAACGUCUGGCCUACAUAACGGAAAUGAACAGCGAACACAACUUAUCCUUACCUAUGGCUUCAAACAUCCUCACUAGCCUACCUGGCAAUGAAUCGUUCAGUUACGAAAAAAUAAUUUCCAAAAGUACCUACCCAUACCUCUGGUGUUUCAACUACACCAGCUACCACAAGGAGACCCAGACCUUAGGCAACACCACGGUGAUUGUGAACGAUACCAUUAAUAGCAGAGCCAGGUGUUUGAAAGUACCGAAACACUUCAAUUACUCUCAGCCAUCUUGCUUCGACGAUUCAAAUAGAAAUAAUUUUCCAAGCGAGUCUUACGGAAUCUAUUUAACAAGGUAA